GUGAAUGUUAAGUGCAAUCGUACAUGAAAAUGAAGAUAAAAUCAUGCUUGAUCGAUAGUUUUUGCACUGGAAUAAAGCCAUAGAGUGUGACCUCAACCUGUUUUAAAAAAUUAAAAAGCUAACGAUGAGUAUCCUGAAUUCUGUUUGUCGUACUUGUCUCGCCGAAGAUGUUCCAAUGGUAAAUCUUAUAAGUGACUCUGAGCUUUUAGACAAUGAUAGCGUUAUUGGCGAUGAAGAGGACGAAUCGUGUCACGAUUCAAUUGGCAACCAGUUAGGUACAAUGUACCGCGAGCUAACGCAGUUACCCUUAAUGCCAGAGCAAGGUGCUGUUGAACGCAUUUCUACGAAUAUCUGUAUCCAAUGUGUGAAAUCUUUAAAAAAAAUUCAUCAAUUUCGACAAAGAGCUAUCCGCGCCUAUGAAGAACUGCAAACGAAAGCUAAUAUUGCACAAAUUAUAAACCAUUUGGAUCAGAGUAGUAUAGGAAGCGUGCGUAAUGAUCGACUGGAGGAAGAUUUCGCUGAAGAUCUAAUGGCUGAAGAUGAUCUAAAUAACAGAUUCAAGAAACCUCUGGCAGAAGGAGAGCAGCGGUGUGAGGUAUGUCAGAAGAUAUUUAAAAACAAAAGAAUGCUAUUUCGCCACCAGGAGAUCCACGCCAGUGAAAACAAAUAUAAAUGUCGAUAUUGUGGCCGAUGGUUCCGUGCUAGAAGUAGCUGGUAUAAUCACGAGCUGAAGCAUCGUCAUGCUGUAGGUCGGGAGGGAAAACCAGAGCACGAGUUUCUAUGUGAAGUAUGCGCAAAAAGUUUCAAAGAUAAGAAAUCGCUUAAAGAUCAUUUAGAAAUUGUUCACCAAGGCAUAAAGCGGUUUCGGUGCGAUAUCUGCAAUAAAUGUUUUACCCGAAACGGUUCAUUAGCGGAACAUAAGCUCAUACAACAUGCCGGAAUUAAACAGUUUUCUUGUAAUAUUUGCGGGAAAGCAUUCGGAAAAGAAGAUUCUCUAAAAACUCAUCUUACAGUUCAUUUGGGUAAGCGGUUUCGAUGCGAAGUUUGCUCAAAAACUUUUCUUAAGAGGGCGUUUCUCAAUGCACACAUCGGUAAAGCACAUCCAAGUGAAAACGGUCCUAAACCAUUUGCCUGCAGCGUUUGCAAAAAAAGUUUCAGCUCCUCAUACCAUCUGAAGAACCAUCAGUUGAUACAUACCAACGAUCGCCCUCAGCGAUGCGAACAAUGUGGUGCGUCUUUCCGUCAAAAGCAACAAUUAAAAGUUCACAUGUAUCAGCAUACAGGAAAACCCUUCAAAUGCCAGUUUUGUACGGUCGCUUUUGGUGUCCGAUCCCGUCUGAAGGCACACCAGGAGAAAAGCCACCAAGCGGAGCUUCAACAGUUAGCAAACAGUUCGCCAGCUGUGGACGCACAAAUAAUAAAUGAACCAGAUUUUGGUGACGGAGCUAUCAAUGAGGAAAUACUGAAUGAAAUCUGCUAUCAAAUCGAUGCAAAUCAAAUUGUUUUACAAAACAUCGAAGACGAUGGCGUUAACUUGAUUUAUAGCAGCAAUGAACAUAUUGUAUUUUUUGAUGACGGCAAUAAUCUACUUCCGGAGGAGAUAGACCCGAUUGGACAAUUAUAUGAUUUUACAAAUGAGACGCAAAUAAAAAAUCUUCAAUAA